AUGUCUCAACAUCCAUCAUCAUCUGGCCCCAAAUCUUCCCAACAUGCAAAGACUUCAUCUGUGGAGUUUGUAGAUGAAGAUGUAAUGGACGUCACUCCUCUGUGCAUGAUACCGGGCGACACCACAGGUACCUCCUCCAAUGCUGGAGAUAAGCAAGGUAAUACCUCUGGUAACUCCUCUCUUCCUAAAGACAUGUAUUACACUGAUCGCGCUAUAAGGAGACUGGUUACUAGAAUUCUGAGUGAAGGACAUAAAGUUGAAGGGGUCUCUACCCCUCUGUCCAGAAGGGAACCCUCUCCUGAGGGAGAACCCCAUGCUGAUAAAGAUGAUGAUUCAUCUAGAUCAGAAAAAGAGGUGGCUGCUGAAGGGCUUUGCUCUCUAGGUAAAACCCUACCUAGCAAGAAACAAAGUGUGCCUCAAGAAAAUAUUAUUGAUCUAGAGGAAGAAAGCACUGAAGGAGAGGAUGAGCCUUUGGUUCAUCUGGUUAAACCUAGCGUAGCUGAGAAACUGAGAACUAAGAAAGGGAAAAGUAUGGCUAAAAUGAGAGCUGCUAGAGUGAAAAAGACUGCAGGAAUAGGACCCUCAAAACUCUGGAGCAAGGUUGAGGCUGUUCAGAAAUCUCCUGGUAAGGCUGCUGCUGUUCAUCUAGACAAUAUCUCCUUUCAUUUGGAAGAUGGAGCAGCAAAGUGGAAAUAUGUCAUUCAGAGAAGAGUAGCCAUUGAAAUAGAACUUGGACAAGAAGCUGUAGAGGUAAAGGUGGUUAUUGAGCUGAUCAAAAAUGCUGGACUCAUGAAAACUGUGGUAACUCUACCCCAAUGCUAUGAGGGGUUGGUUAAAGAGUUUAUUGUUAAUAUCCCCGAGGAUAUUCAUGAUAAGAACAGCAGGGAGUUUUGCAAGCUUUCAGCUGUGUAUAAUGUUGGUUUGUACUACAUGAAUAUUAUGUUUUAA